AUGCAAUCAAUUCCGGCUCUGCGACUGCUGCUGCUGCUGCUGCUGCUGCUGCUGCUGCUGCCCGCCGGUCUCGACUAUGCCGUAGUCCUGGAUACAACACUGCAGCCAAUAACGAACCACCAUAGCUCGGGCUUCCUCUUGCGGAAUCCCGGCCGUGUGGAGAAGCCGGCGAGCGAGGGGCUCGCCGGUCGACGCCUACCCUCGAGCGAGGGCCCCGUCCUGUCGGCAACAUCCAAGCGCUACGCUGCACUCGGGCAACGGCGGGGGAGGAGGGUUGCCAUCUUGGGCAUCUUCGUUGAGAGCAGCCGGGCGUGUCGGCCCUUGGUCGAGCGAACCAGACGGUCUGAUGGGCAGCAUGCCGACAGAGACGAAACUUGA